UCCAGCUCUAAACAAGGCUACAAGAGAUUAUGCUUGCACAUGUGGGUGCCGGGUGCCGGUGUCCGGCGACGUGCUCGCAGGUGGAGGUGGUCACAUACUCGCAUUCAUAAUCCCAUAUAUAAGAACGUGGGCCAAAGAUAUCGAGUCCUGCACCGAUCGAUCCACCACUCCGUGUUCCCUCUUCGUCUUCCUCUCCACCUUCGCUCCUCAAGAGGAAGUCCAGGAUGGAGGCGACGGCGGCAUUGCUUCCGCUGCUGCUGCUCCUGGCCGCGGCCCUGCCGGCUCCGUCGCACGGCUGGGGAGUCGACGGCCAUCUCAUGGUCUGCCAGAUCGCGCAGGGCCGCCUGAGCGGCGCGGCGGCGGCGGCGGUGAGGGACCUGCUGCCCUCCUACGCCGGCAGCAACCUCAGCAGCCUCUGCUCCUGGGCCGACGACGUCAAGUUCCGGUACCCCUGGUCGUCGGCGCUCCACUACAUCGACACCCCCGACGAACUCUGCGCCUACAGCUACGACCGGGACUGCAAGGAUGAGGACGGCGUCAAGGGACGGUGCGUCGCCGGCGCCAUCAACAACUACACCUCGCAGCUCCUCACGUACGGGAGAUCUUCUGCUGCCCAAUAUAACCUGACGCAAGCGCUUCUGUUCCUUUCACACUUCAUUGGAGACAUUCACCAGCCACUUCAUGUGGGGUUUACUUCUGACAGAGGAGGGAACACCAUCGACGUCCACUGGUACAGAAGGAAGACUGUCCUGCACCAUGUUUGGGACGCCAAUAUCAUCCAGACGGCCGAGGACGACUUCUACGGCGAUGGCGUCGCGGAUUAUAUCGACGCACUGAAGAAAAACAUAGCUGGAGAAUGGUCGGAGCAAGUGCCUAGCUGGGAAGAUUGCGGCAAGAACCAGACUGCAUGCCCAGACAUAUAUGCAUCUGAGAGCAUCGCUGCAGCGUGCGACUGGGCGUACAAGGGUGUUGAUGAAGACUCGACACUGGAAGAUGCUUAUUUCUCCAGCAGGCUGCCGGUCGUCAACUUGAGGCUAGCGCAGGGCGGUGUCCGGUUAGCUGCUACUUUGAACAGGAUAUUUAGUUAAAAACGAUGUAAUACGUUCACUAUGAGAGGAUAAACAUUAUUCUCGUUUCUUAAGUUUGUCACGCAAUAUUUUGAGUUAUGCACUAGAGCGUUCUUUCAAAAAGAGGUGUUUACUGA